CCCGGCUCCUGAUGGCACACUGGGUUUGGGAGAGCAGGAGGGAGAUGUCUUGCACAGCCUGACAGGCAAACACACUCUCAAAAGAAGAAAGAGAGCGAGAGGGAGAGGGAGCACAUUGCCGGCUAACACAUUCUUGCACUCACAGUACAAAACAAAGAGGAUCUCCUAACAAGCAUUAGUUUUACCUCCUCCAACACUAGAGCACAUGUUCCAGAUGAUGCAGGUGUGUGGUGGUCGUGGGAUGCCCCUGCCAGCGGUGAGCGUGGGAGUACUGUUGCUGGUGUGUGCAAAGUGGGCUGAGCCGUACAGGACACCUCACCCCGAGGAAGAUCAGGACAGAUAUGAUCCCAGAGAUUAUCGCCAAGAAACAGAUUACCAUAGAGAGAACAGUGACAGCAAGAGAACAGAGUGCCGGCGAUGUUGUGACCCAGUGGAGGAACCACUCCAGUAUAGCAGCAAUUACCCACAAUACCAGGUGGUUCCACAGAUAAACAUCACUAUUCUCAAAGGGGAAAAAGGAGAAGUCGGCCAGCGAGGGCCCUACGGGAAAACAGGCAAGACCGGGCAGAUGGGCCCAAGAGGAACCCAUGGCUUGAAAGGCACCAAGGGCAGCAUAGGAACUCCAGGAGAACCCUGCAAGUCCUACUAUGCUGCUUUCUCUGUGGGCCGCAAGAAGGCUCUGCACAGCAACGACUACUACCAGACCCUGGUGUUCGACACUGAGCUGGUCAACCUGUACGGCCACUUCAACAUGUUCACAGGAAAGUUCUUCUGCUAUGUGCCAGGGAUUUACUACUUCAGCUUGAAUGUGCACACGUGGAACCAGAAGGAGACGUACCUGCACGUGAUGAAGAAUGAGCAGGAGAUGGCCAUCCUGUACGCCCAGCCCAGUGAUCGCUCCAUCAUGCAGAGCCAGAGCCUGAUGCUGGAGCUGGAGAGAGACGACGAGGUGUGGGUACGGCUCUUUAAGGGCGAGAGGGAAAACGCUGUCUUCAGUGAUGACUUCGACACUUACAUUACAUUCAGCGGGCACCUCAUCAAAGCCAAGAGUGAAGGCUAGCGGACCUCUGUAAUGUGUCUACAGGCAUAAAACACAUCCAAGUAUAUUUGCAUUGAAUAACUGAAAUAUCGUCUUAUUGCAUACUUCUUGUAUCAUUUAUAUUGGACAUGUAGUAGGCUAUACAAAAGUAGCCCCUCUCAAGUAACAUAACAUUAUUAUCCUCCAAUCUGAGUAUGAAGAGAACAGGGAUGUGAGAAGAAUAUCAGAGGCUUUGGGAGCAUAAAGUUGAAUCAAGGACUAAGUUUAAUGACUCAAACGAUCCAUACAUACGCUUGUGAAAGUGAAUGUUAUUAUUGUGGUGUUGUGUUACUGGUUGUCAUUGUGUGACAAAUCACUUUUUGUCUGGAAGCUGGAAGUUUGGUACUGAUUAUGCUGGAUAAAUACAGAUAUAACAACACAAACACUGCAUAAGGAUAACAGGUUUCAGUAACAUGCAUCAAUUAAAUGUAUAUACAGAGGUCUUCAAUGUAACCUACAGUACUGUGCAAAAGUCAGAGCCCACGCUUCAUUUAUUAAAUUUAGAGUCAAAAUGGCACUUUAACAUAAAUUACUCACUUUGCAGAAAUGACUGGAUAUAAAUUAAUCCAGUUACAUAAGGAUGGAGAAAGUCAUAUGAAAAAGUGGAAGAAUAAGUUUCUAAAACUGGAGUUCAAAAAAAUGACUAAAAGAUAUUUAGUGAUUGAGACUUCUGUGUAAUUUUCUGUUAAAUAUGUAUUCUACUUUUUUCUGGUGCUGAAAAAUGAAUAAUUGAAAAAAAAAAACUUAUUUUGAGUGGAAAUGAAUGAAUAAAUGAAGGGUGGUGUUGUACGAUAAUGAACAUCAAAAACAAUUGAGCUCUUUAAAGAAAUCAAUUAAAGGUACACUCAGCUUCAAAUUUUGCUAAACAGGAAAUCUCAAGAGGUUUGUGUUAUACAAAAGAUCAAAUCAAGCCUUUAAAUAAUUAAAAUAACCUAAAAUUUUAGCAUAUGCAAACUCACUGCCAGUCUGGACUGUGUUUUCCUUGUUGCAUCAUCUUGCACUAGUCUAUUAAAAAUGCUAUGGUGAAGUUCAAAUCAACAAAGGUGCUCUGGUCAAUGACGAUACAGUUUGAUGGUGCUGUUGAACAUUUGAAAUAUGCACAUAUUCUAUUUUCUAUGACAGUGUAUUUUUGUAUUCUCAGAAUUGGUAUGUUUACAGUGUCUGUAAGCUUGUAAGGGACUUGAAUUAUAAAUAAUGUAAACAAUGCAAAUGAAAUUUUAAGUAGCACUAUAAAAAAACCUGAUAACCGGAUCACUGAUAACACUUCACUGAGGACCAUUGAGGGGCGUAUUAUGAAAUGGUUUGUUGAUUCAUUAAAACGAAUCAGAGUAUAGUUGAUGAUGAUGGCCCUGAGUGAACUUUGGUCUUUCCGUCCAUGGCACCCUACAGGAAUUACUUAAGAGCAGAGAAAGAUGAUGAAGCACUUUUAAUGUCAGCAGCUGUAAAUGUUCUUUUUUUCCCUCACUGAUGUUAUAGGAAAGUGACUUCAUGUGUUGCAGGCCAGUAUUGUUGCAUCGAAUUGAACGUUCAAAAGCAAUGUAAACAAAUAUGAUGUACAAAUAAAGAUGAUGCAAAUAUAUCUAAUAAAAAAGCAUAAAGAAAUACUUAAAAACAGCUUA